UUUAAGCACAAAUGGAAAACUGAACAAUAUAUGAAAUGGAGUAGAAUGGCUUUACCGCUGCAGUAGUUGCCAGGGGGUGUCGAAGGGGAGGGGUUAUGAUUGGCUGAAGUGGGUCUGUUGCCUUGGCAACGGAAAAGGGGUUUGGUAGCGUUGCUGUGCGCAGCGCGGAUGGAGGAAGCAGCUGCUGAUCACACUCACUCAGUUUGAGGGAGAACGCUCGGAAUACUGAAGCGCUUCAUCAGAAACAACCGGAUCAUCAUCUUGCAUAAGACGUCCCUGAUUUAAUGGGUCCAAUCAUCGGGAUGUCGCCGGAUAAGAAAGCAGAAUCCCUAGGUGUGCUCGGGGAACGGGCGGGCCUGCGUGGAGUUUGUGGGACGAUACCUGAAGCCGAGUGUGCCUCCAGCCCCCUGGCCACCAGCCUGGAUCGUACCUCCAGCUCAGGAGACGAAGAACUUACCAACCUCAACUGGCUGCACGAGAAUCUUCUCCAGAACUUCACGCUGGGAGAACCCGAGGCCCAGUCCAGCCCCAGUCCACUCUUUGACAUCGAGGGCAACCACGGGAACUCCGUCAUCUCCUCGGCAACUUCUCGUGGAGAUUCCAUCAAGUCAAAGCCACCUUUCUCCUUCUCCCUGCUCAUAUACAUGGCCAUCGAACAGUCCCCCAGCAAGUCUCUGCCAGUGAAGGACAUCUACGGUUGGAUCCUGGAGCACUUUCCUUAUUUCUCUAGCGCCCCCACUGGCUGGAAGAACUCAGUGCGGCACAACCUGUCCCUCAACAAGUGCUUCCGCAAGGUCGAGAGGAGCCUUGGGAAGGUGAAUGGAAAGGGAUCUCUGUGGUGUGUGGACCCUGAAUACAGACCCAAUCUGAUUCAAGCUCUAAAGAAACAGCACUUUCCCACAGCCCACUCAUUCUGCACGCCCCCCGCCUCCCCACCCAGUGCCUUCUCCCCCGCACGACACCUCUUCCUCCAGGGCUGCUCUCUGAAAGAGUCUGAUAUUGAUGCUGCCACCGCUAUGAUGCUCUUAAACUCAGCCCCCGGACACCACAGUGACCCGUCUGACCCGGACAGCCCCAUUAACCUCUCUCGUCCAGACUCCGUCCUGGUGAGCAGCGACCCGAAGCAGGACCACAACUACAGCAGCGCAUCAUUCCAGCGGUGCUCGUCUCGCUCUUCCUCGUCAUCCUCUUCAUCGCUGUGCUCCAUGGAUGAUACGGGCUGCGAUUCGGGCCAGGGCCGCCGCGCUGGCAGCGAGGGUUUCCAUAGCGACGAGGACUCGGAGGAGGAGAGGAACCUGCGCCUGCUCAAGCUUCCCAUCUGUCGCCCGCUCACCGUCAAGUGCUCUAUUCCGGGUAAACGGACCCGUCACGAGUCCAAACCAGAACUGGAUGAGGAGCUAAAAGAAGCGGCUGGAUCACUCUUACAUCUGGCCGGGAUUCGAUCCGGUCUAGAUCUAUCAAAACGAAUGGCCAAGAGCAAAAAACAGGCAAAGCAUCGGAAAUAAAGCCGGAAAAAGCCUUUAUUUACCUUUUUACCCCUGGACUGUAAAUCAGUGACCGUGCCUCCUCAUUUUUUUGGUUCAUUAAAAUCUUACAAUCUCUUCCCCUUUUUUUUUUUAAACAGAGCUCAACAAUAAGGAUUUUUUCUGCUGCCCAAUUCAGGCCAGUAAUUCACAUUUGUACCUCCCUGGUAAUAUUUUUGUUUAUUUUGUAAUAUUAUACUUGAGACAUAAUAGCGAUUAUUUUUGUUUUGCAACAUUUUUUUGCACAUGUUAGAAAAUAAAUAAACACCCCUUGCUGACAAUAAGAUGGACUAAAUAGAAAAAGUCCCACACUGUCACAGCUUUUACAUUUUAAUUGGAGAAAAAUCGGUCAAAAACAUUCUUUGGGUUAUUUAAAAACCGUUUGAUCAACCGGCAUAUUUAAUGAAAAUAUAAACAAGUGUUACAAAGCUAAUCACAUAGAAGGUCAUGAACGAUUCUUACAAAACCUGUCAAGAAACUUUUGAAUUAAAUAAGAAAUAAAAUCUUUAUGGUCCAAUAAUGUAGGCUUACAGAAACAAAGAUUUGCAACUUUGCUACAACAGUGUGUAGGACUGUUUCUACUUUUUACAUUAGAUUUGUUCAAAAGAGAUAUACAUUAUAUUUUUCAUUAAACCUUUAGUUGUUCUUUACAACAAAACUUAGGUUUUUAAUUUGCAAUGAUAGCUGGAAAUUUUGUAGAUAUAAUAUAACUACCAUGGCACUUAUAAAUUCAUAAACACUUUUGCCGGAAACGGCAUACCGUGAUUUGUUGAUUAUUUUCAGUCCAUUCUAACUGAUGCUUCCAAACUAUCUUGGAUAGUUUAAUUAGGUUGGAAUAAACUUCCAAGCAAAUGGUUAUUGCAGUUUUGACUAAACAACCUCUAAAUAUGGUUUCCUUGACCUUUUAAAUCAGCAGCAUUCUCAACAACGUGUAUUACAUUGCAUAAAACCAAAUGUUUAAGUUUGCAAGGCAUAAAAACAGAUGAAUAUGAUCAGCAAAAGUAAGCUGUAGUGACAACGCAUCCUUAUCGUUGAGCCAUGUGACGUUUUUGGUUUUAUUCGAGAGAAUUUUCCUCCCUGACUCAAACCACGGCAAUAGCAACUCACACGGGGGAGAACGAAGCCAUACUGAGACUUCUGAGUGAAUAUGGAGAAACACACGUCAUCGUACCUAUCCCAAAACUUUGUGCUUCAAGAUGAAGGGUUUCUGUCUGGGGAGAAAAAAAUUCACUUAACGUUUGCAUGCUUCCUUUUUUAAAUGAGUGUACUACUCUUCCAAGUGAAUCUGUGGUAUUUAUACAUUGAAAGAGUGCAUGUCUAUGAUGUUUGAAGCACUAAACUCUCCUUUAUAAACACUCCAGAAGAAGAAGAAAGAGAAUUACAUCAAGAUUUCUUUUACUGAUUUAAGUACAUGACAAAGAAAUGCAAUAAUUAUCAUCAGGCGGCUGGCAUUAAGAUUUCUAUUUUCGUCAAAGGAACUGAAUAUUCGUUGGGUUUUCAUCAGUCUGAGUGGACGGCAUGAAGAGAGGAUAUGGAUGACAUUUUUUGGAUACCUCGCUAUUGGUGUUUGGCGAAUGCUUAUGGGAUGAAUCUCAUGAAAAUAUGUCCAGGUCACAUUGCACCCCCAAAAUCAACAGAAAAAAAGAGAAAAUAUAUUUUGCAUUAGGAAUAUGAAGCUUAUUUUUAGGACCUUAAGGAUUUUUGUCUGUGUGUGUGUGACUGUGACAUGAUUUCUACAUAUAUAUAUAUAUAUAUAUAUACACACACAUAUACAUAUAUAUAUAUAU